AUGGAGCCGUCGUCGACCAACUCUUCCGACGGCACCCGCGUCGAGUCACACGAAAUGCACGAAAUGCACGAAAUGUAUGAAAUGCACGCCGUCGGGCCCGCGCACCCGUCGCCCACGAUACAGCCCGAGCAGGCGACUGGCCGCACACGAGUGCGCUUCAACAGCUCAGCAGCCGAGAUUCCUCCGCCGCCCGAGCGCAGUCGCAGCUACCGUCGCAUCAGCGGGGCAGAGAGCAGCCACAGCAGCCACAGCAGCCACGACCGGCACACGGCAGACGCCGAAGAGCUGCUCAACGCUCACCACGCAGGGCGCGCCGAUGCUGAUGCUGAUGCCAAUGGCGACAACUUCCACGCGCCCGCGCUGGCCGAAUCCGACCAGGAGGACAACUACGCCGUCACGGGCAGCAGCCAGGGCGGCAUCUUCUACCAGCUGCUCCAGGCCUAUAAGACACCCGUGCCCCCGCUCAACGCGCUCAACGCGCUCAACGAGACCCCCUCCGAGGCCAGCACUGCCUCGCCGAUUCGCACACGGCCAGGCUCUUCGUCUGGUGCUGCCACGCCCUCCCGCAAGAAGUGGUAUCACGACGUGGAGCGGGGCAAUCAGUCGCAAGAAACGCUGGCUACGCUCAUCGGCGCCUCGGCCAAGCUCGCAAACCCCAACGACAAGAAGGAGACCAUCAGGCCGCAUCACAAGCGCACAGCCAGCGGCGGCGUGCUUGCCAAGGUCUGGAAGGCCAAGGAGGACAAGGACACGCGCAUCAAGGUCCACGUUGCCAACAUCCUCAAGCGCCAGCAGUACAUCAUCCGCAUGUGCCGCGCCCUGAUGCUGUUUGGUGCGCCCACACAUCGCCUCGAGGAGUAUCUCGCUGCCACGGCCAAGGUGCUCGACAUCAACAGCCAGUUCCUCUACAUUCCCGGUUGCAUGAUCAUCUCCUUUGACGACGUCCUGACCCAUACCGCCGAAGUCAAGAUCGUACGCACCACACAGGGCGUCAAUCUCGGCAAGCUCAAAGAUACGCACGAAAUCUACAAGGAAGUUCUGCACGACGUCAUCAGUCUCGACGAGGCUCUCGUGCGUCUCGACCAAGUCAUCAACGCAAAGGACCGUCACAACGUCUGGCUAUGCGUCGUCAUGUACGGUCUUGCCAGUGCUGCUGUCUCAGUCUUCUUCAAGGCGCGUCUGAUCGACAUGCCCAUCAUCCUCGUCAUGGGGUGUUUCCUUGGCUUGCUCCAGCUCGUCAUCGCACCCCUAUCCAAGACGUACAGCACUGUGUUUGAAAUCACAGCAACAAUAUCCCUUUCUUUCCUCGCGCGUGCCUUUGGUAGCAUCAACAACGGGAACCUUUUUUGUUUCUCUGCCAUAGCGCAAAGUGCUAUUGCAAUGAUCCUUCCCGGCUGGCUUGUGUUGAGCUCGGCUUUGGAGCUUCAGUCCCGCGCUAUUGUUCCUGGGUCUAUUCGUCUCGUCUUCGCCAUCAUCUACUCGCUCUUCCUGGGCUACGGUAUCACCGUUGGCACGGCCAUCUACGGCGCCAUCGACUCCAACGCCACUGAACAGACUCAAUGCCAGGACCCUCUCAAUCCAUACUGGAAUUUUCUCUUUGUCCCUCUCUACGUCUUCUUCACCACUUUUACCGUACAGGCAAAGUACAAGCAAAUGCCCGCCAUGAUCUUCAUUGCCACUGCCGGUUAUACGGUCAAUUUCUUCGCCAACAUGAAGUUCUCCUCAAGCGCUCCUAUUGCGUACACAUUUGGUGCCUUUACCAUUGGUGUAUUGGCAAAUCUUUACAGCAGACUGCGGCACGGCGUCGCUGCUGCCGUCCUACUCCCCGCUGUCUACGUUCAAGUACCCGGCAGUUUGGCAUCCAGUGGCAGCAUCAACUCGGCGCUGAAAACGGCAUCGGCACUAAUCAGAGGUGCGGGUGAUGCCGGCGACACAACCACGGAUAGUCUCAACGCAAUUGUAUUCAACGUCGCUGCGUCCAUGAUCCAGAUCGCGAUCGGUCUGACCGUCGGACUUUUCAUGGCAGCACUGCUCGUGUACCCUCUGGGCAAGAGACGCAGUGGCUUGUGGACACUCUAG